GGGAGAAGGAGAAGAAGGAAGAGGCGGUAAUGGCGGCGCCGCCGGUGCUGGCGCUGGACCCGGCCCUUCAGGGACGCUGCCUCAGCCGCCUCAAAGCGCGACGCCGACAGGAACGUGAGCUGACCCCGGGCGUGAUUUACCUGGGCCACAUCCCACGGGAGCUUUCGGAGACGCAGCUCAAGGACUACUUCACUCAGUUUGGGACAGUGACCAAUCUCAAGCUGUCUAGAAGUAAAAAGACGGGAAAUAGCAAGGGCUAUGGAUUCGUGGAGUUUGAAUCCGAAGACGUGGCCCAGAUAGUGGCCGAAACGAUGAACAAUUAUCUCUUUUGCGAAAGACUCUUGAAGUGCCACGUGGUGCCCCGAGAGAAAAUCCACAAGGAGCUUUUCAAAGGUUCCUCGAGGUCGUUUGCGAAGCCUUCGUAUCCAGCGGUGGCCCGGUACAAUAAGGAACGGACGGCCGAGCAGCAGUUGAAAAUGCAGAAGCGGUUAAAGAGAAAGGAAAAAGCCCUAAGGAAGAGGCUCGCCGAAAAGGGGAUCGACUACGAUUUUCCCGGCUUGGUCUCAAAGAAGAAAGCGAAAGUCUGGGGAGCCGACGACGUGGACAGCCAGGCACCCACACCAGUGUGCACGCCAACGUUUCUGGAAAGGCGGAAAUCUCUGGCAUUCGAAAAAAGCGAAGAGGAUAAUGAAAUAAUCCUGAAGUUGCCCCCCACGACUGUGAAAACCGACGCCAAAGCUGGGAAACGGCAAGGACGCAAAAAAAAGACAAAUAAAAAGUAAAUGAACCGUC